GGUAAGAAAAAACUCACAAAAGAAAGUUGAUGCUUCUUUUUGAAUUAUGAACUGUUUUAAUAAGUACAUCGUGUAGCUUUCAAAAAAAAUAAAUUCAAUUGAGUAGAAAGAAAAAGAGAAUUAUAAAACUUUGUUUCCAAAAUGAUUUUUACCGAAGAGUUCGUAGCUUCUGCGAAGCUGUUUGUAGCGCUUGGGCUAUCUAUUCUCAUAUACAUGGCGGACGGAAUCAACUUAUCUCAACUCGCACCAUUCUUUCCUAAUGAAGCAGAAUUGAAUAAAGGUGUGUCGGAGCUACUCGUGGGGGCCAUCACCGGCUGCUUCGACUUUUCCAUGCUUUUCUUCUCGAUUCUGCUGCCGUUCGUGGUGAAACCCGAGUGGAACAAACUGCUGUUUUUCUCGGGUGCCCUUCUGGGCGCACUGUUUAACAUGGUCUUCGGGCUAGUGGAUGUCAUAAAUUCCUCCCAAUGGUUUGCAAGUCUCAGCUUCAUCUGCCGUCUAUUCAUGGGACUUGGAGGCGCACUUGUCUGGGGUACUGGGAUCCCCCUUCUAACUUCAAUUGCACCCGAAUACGCUGGUCGAGUCACAUCGCUCGCUGAGUCGGCGAUCGGCUUCGGUUUAGCCAUCGGACCCCCUCUCGGCAGUGCCAUGUACUCUCUAGGGGGGUAUGAGUUGCCCUUUUUGACGUCCGGGGCCAUCGAAUUGGUUCUGGCACUGCUCGUGUUUUAUGCACUACCUAACGGACCAGCGGACGAAGACAACGAAAAAAAAUCGUUGUUGGAUAAAAAAACCGACGGCGACGGUGAAGAAGCGGAACCUAUGCUCAAAAAAACUGACGAGUCGUUUCAAAAUGAGUCACCAGAAAUUCCCAGCACUUUCCGAGCUGCCCUCGACUUCCUGGCAAUUCGUGGAAUCUGGGUUUACAGCGUAUUUCUGAUAUUGCUUGGUGUACCGCUGGCUCUUUUAGACGUUGCACUCUCUCCGUAUCUUCUGGAACAGUUCGACAUAGAGGGAGAUUUCUCGGGCUGGUAUUUCUUGGCAGCAGGUGCUUUUUACGCAGUUUGCUCUCAAUUUGUCGGCUGGGCUACUGAUAAAGGAUUCGCUGCUCAUUCGUUCUUCUGGCUUUCGAAUAUGCUCAUCAUUGUCACUGGAAUGUACUCUCUUCCACUUUUGAUGCCAUUUCUGGAAAACAAGUACUACGUAGUGUUUGUUCUGGCUCUCAAUGGAAUUGCGAUGUCUGGCACCUUUGUACCGAUAUACCUCAUUCUACAGGAAAUAGCACAGAAGGGAGGCUACUCACAUGACCUUGAGAACUUGCAACUAGUGGUCGGGUUCUGGGUGACAUUCACCCUGUCAGCUGGAAGAAUUCUGGGCUCAGUUGUGUUCGGUGGUCUCAUCUACCCUGCCAUCGAAUUCGAGAUGACAUUUCUCUCUGUCUGCGGAUGUCUAAUAGUAGGCAGUGUCUGUAGCAAUGGGUACCUUCUGUUUUCUGGAAACUACAGAAAGAUGUACUACACUGAAGAAUGACGUCAUUGUCUUGAACUUGACUUUUAUGAAAUUCGAUCCAAUAAUCUUCAAAAAUUCCUCCAAUAGGCAUUAAAGUUUCACCAGAGACCAGGGUCAUCUCAUAAUAGUUUUUUGUAUAAAUUAUAGAUUAAAGUGAA